ACGAGCGAAGAGUAUGCGUCCUGCCGCGCGCGCCAACCGUCUAUAGGGCGAGAAAGCGCGCAGCCGAGAGAACCGCGCGAGCUCGGUCUUCGUGGCCGCGACAUAGGCGCAGUCAGUCUCCCCUCGCCGUUCCGACUGCCUUCACGACGAUUUGUGCGCGAAUAUCGAACGGCGUCCACGUUCAGCGUGCUCGAGCGAAAACAAGCUCGGUUGGCUCUCUCUCGGAGGUACAUCUCCGUUCUCACGUGCGACUAACCAGUGACUUCGGUUCGUUCGGAACCUCGCAUCUCGCGGACAAUCUUUCUUCAUUAGUGAUCGGCGAGCCGUAUCAGUAGAGGGAUCGACUUUGGGAUCAGCUGGGUCGUCGACCCGUGAUCCUCUUUCUCUCUCUCUCUCUCUCAGUGUCGUCGCGUCGAGAGCGUUCCGCCGUGCACACUCUCCUAUUGUGAUCUCUUCUCGAUCAUCCGCGAGUGCCGCAGCGUAGUCCUACGAUCUCCACCCGUCGGUGAAUCGAGCACCCACCAGCAUGGUGGACCAAGAGCAACAGGACACAGUGCCGAGCGUGGUGGAGCUGAACGUGGGCGGCGUCUUCUACACGACCGCCUUGACGACGCUGACUCGUGAGAGCGACUCGCACCUGGCGGCACUCUUCACCGGCAAGUCCAACGUCGAGAAGGACGCCAAGGGCAAGUACUUUCUGGACCGCGACGGCGUGCUGUUCCGCUACGUGCUGGACUUCCUGCGUAACCAGGCGCUGGUAUUGCCCGAGGGCUUUCGCGAGCGCGAGAGGCUCAAACAGGAGGCCAACUUCUACGGCUUACCCGGCCUGGAGCGGGCUAUUCUGGAGAACUCCGAGGCCGGGCAAACUGGCGGCGCGACCGGCAAACGCACGCCUGGUUACAUCACCAUCGGCUAUCGGGGUAGCUUCGCCUUCGGUCGCGAGGGUCUGGCCGACGUCAAGUUCCGGAAGCUCUCGAGGAUCCUCGUGUGCGGCCGCGUGGCGCUCUGCCGGGACGUCUUCGGCGAGACGCUGAACGAGAGCCGCGAUCCCGACCACGGCAUGUCCGACCGCUACACGUCGCGCUUCUUCCUCAAGCACAGCGUCAUCGAGCAGGCCUUCGAUAUGCUGCAGGAGCAGGGCUUCAGGCUGGCGGGUAGCUGCGGCUCCGGCACUGCCGGCGGCAACUCCGAACAGCUGAAACCCGGCGUGGACUCCGAGGAGAACCGUUGGAACCACUACAACGAGUUUGUCUUCGUGCGCGACUAAGCCUACGCAGAUCCUUUUCACCGCGCAUUCCGUUCAUCAAUCGCGAGCGUCGUCGACGGCCCGCGUAUUGUAAACGUGCGGAACGACACGAGCGCGGAAGGAAGACUUCUUUGGGUACACUCGGCGGAAACGGAAACGUUCACGGGGACACGCGUGUCUAACACGUGGGCCCGUAACGUGCGAUAAACGCGAGACUCUCUCGUUGAUAUAGCGUACGCCGGAUACAUAAUAAGGUCGAGAGAAGGAAAGAGAGAGAGAGAGAGAGAAAUGAGGAGUCCAAGUUUAACGGAGAUUAACGCGCGAAUGAAAGCGUCGGACAGGGUAGUUUCUAGCGAAGUUCCUAGUUCAUUUCUUCUCGCGAGAAAAAUUCUUCCCGCAGGGCUAUCAGUGUCAUCACGCCGAUUUCCGAAACACCUCGUCCGAUAAUAACGAGCAACAGCCGUCGGUCUUCUGAAACAUUGAAUUCCCGAGAUACCUUGACCUUCAUCGAUUCUUACGUCGGAAUAAAGAGGGGGAAGAAAGACAGAAUCAGGUGGAAGAUACGACUGAUUUUCUUGGAUCAUCGUCUUUUCGAUGAGACGCUUACCCGAAACAUUAACUACGUUCACGUAACCGAGGAAUUGAGGCUUCACAUUCAACGCAACCUCGUCUAAUUUGCUACACGACUACACCGGGGACUUUUGAAUGUCGCUCGCUGAUGCCAUGGAACAAGGUGCAGCGUGGAAGAUUACGGACAACGAGUCGACAUCGGAGCGUAACAGUCCGAGGGUGUUUGUUCUAAAGCAGAGACAACUCGUAAUUGUACAUCCUUCACGUGUAACUGGAUGUUCAGAUGUAUAUGAGCUUGAUUCGCGGCAAUAGAGUCCAAAGUUCCUUCGAAUAUUAUUGUUACCUCGCGCGGCGGGAACGCGCCGGAUUGAGACUCUCAUUUUUAUCCCAAGUCUGUAACUCGUUCCGUUGCGCUGCCGUGAGGGAAGGUCGUUUUAUUAAAAAGCAGUCUCGCGUAAAUCCAGCUGACGAAAGGUGCUAAUGUCGGGCGGUAUAUCAUCGGUAUAACGUGGGAAGGACGCGGGGGGAAGAGAGAAAAGCGGAUCGGGGGAACGAAGCUGACUUGAUGUUGAAAUAUCCGUGGACGGACGCGACUUGGUCACUUAAAAAGGAAGACAGUGUCAGAGACGCGCCGGUGAUAAACGCCGCCGAGAGCGACGGGCGAGAAAAUAUAAGGAAGUUGCUCGAACGCAAGACGUGGUUGAGAGUAUCGGGGCCGACGCUAUUUUUCACUAACGUCGGGAGGAAAUUGAAAAAAAAAGGCAAUGGAAAAAUUCAACGAUCGAUGAAGAGUAACGAAAUCGUCGCUUAAAAGAAGUUCGCAGCGCUACUUUGCCGAGUAGUUAAUGUCGAUAAAUAGCCGGUCCGAGAAAUCACGGUUGCUAGUCGGGUUAGUAGUUAACGGUAUGCUACUAUCGAACGAUUCCUUUAAACAGGCUUACCCGAAGAAGCAACUGCGAGGAUUGGGAGAAAAGAAAACGAUAGAUCUUAGCUUCUAGCAAAAUGUUGUUUCCGGAUAAACUCAGCUUAAACAGGGCGACUAGCUUCGUUCCCGACGGGGAGAGACGCUUGUAGAAUGCGUGUGCUUACAAGCCGACACGAUGUUAAGCACGCUAUUCAAACGAUGGAACGCCAGACACGUCUCCCUUCCUCUCUCUCUCUCUCUCUCUCUCUCUCUCUCCUUUCGUUCGAAAUUCUCUUUUUUCUGUAAAGUGGAACAAACAUAAAUGUGACAGGCAAUUUGUAGUUUUCGAUCUGUUGGAGUCGCGGGGACAUCGAAAAGCUACGAAAGCGAAAUGUCGCCGGGAAUUUACAAUAAAUUCCACGUUGUAAGAUGCGAAAAAAGUCGGAAACAAAAGCAAGAUUCGAGUAUUUCCCCUUCUCGAGUGUCUCCGAAUCUCGAAUGCGAUUUCUCUCGAAAUGUGUUUUUUGUAAAUAACGAUACAAAAAGUUGGAGGAGAGGAUUCGCGCGAGUGAGAGAAUUACAAGCUGCGAAAGAAGCGAGCGUUUUUAUCAGUCGCAGCAAUUUUUCAGCUCUCAGACGUACUUGAAUCGCAAAACGAAUAUAUCGAUUCCCUUCACCGUCUUCGUGGCUCUUCCGUAGAAUUAUCCGAAGAUAACACGUUUUCAUUAUGCAGACUAGCUCUAAUUGUUGUGAGCUGCGAGGCACGCGACGUAUCGUUCGCUCGUGCAUUUUAAUUUACGGCUAAUUAUUUGCGUGCCCAGCGCGACGAAAGAAUUCAUCGCGAUGAUAAUCUCGUUGCAACAGGUUAUCGUGUAACGGACUGUGUUCAGCGAUCGUUCGAGAGAACGCCGACGGCGCUGAACGGCGAGGCAGAUAUCGGGUAUCAUGCUGGUUUCUUCUUAUCGCGGAGGUGUACAAUGUCGCAGAUUUUCUUAGGUUCCGACCGACGCGCGAUAAAUCUUGUAACAAUGGUUCUUACAUCGUAACGAUUUUUAUUAUCAAUAAUCGAUGGAUGCAUGACGCCGCGCACUCAGAGAAAGAAUUAGUCGUCGGAACUAAAAAAAUAUAGUAGCUGUGUCUUUGAAAUAAGGACAGCUAAUGUCGUUGUUACCGCGAUUGAAUUUAUUAGCUGUUUGAAUUGAGAUGCUAUAGCGAAAAAUAUUAGUUAAAUCGUAUUAAAAUCAUAUUCACAUUCUCCACUAGUUUUUUUUUUUUUCUUUUUUAACAGAAACUGUCUUCAACUCGUACAUGGGCGCGUGACUUUUUUGAGAAAUAAAACAACUGCUGUUUACGGCUGAGAUUCUCAAGUAUUAUUGACACUAAAAUCAAGAAUAAGAGGAAUAAGUUAUCGAAAACGCCAAUGUCGCAGAUAAAAACGAAACGGAGAAAUACUUCGUUUAUUCAUGAAUCAGUUUGAUCUCCACGCAUCCACUUACGAGUUAGUGUAUGCUGAUUUUAUCUGAAAUUUAGCCAUUGAUUUGGAAGCCUACUUGAUUUAUCGCUAUAUCAUACUUGAGAUAGCGAACACGGCUGGAAUACGGCUGAACGUCAUGCGUUCCAUCCUUGCUAUAUCGUAUUUGAAAAGCACGGUUAAGCACUGAUGAACUCUAGUUAUUCUGUCGCAAUCACCUUAGGUGUUACUUAAGUACCGCUUCGUCGAUUGAUAUAAAUGCCUUUCGUAUUGCCCGUACAUGAUAUAAUCAGCAUAGCUGAGCAGUCUUAGUUUAUUCGUGCUAAUAAUUCCCGCUAAAAUAAAGUUACAUUUGGCAGCCAACUUUUAGCAAUGACGGCAAAGUUCGAACCAAUAGUAGCUGCCGUUACUAAGCCAUUUCUCUGAGUGCGAUAUAAAACCCGUCUGAAAUUCUAUCGUAUUUAAUUCCUCCCUCGAGUUUCAAUCGUGUCAGAAAUGCGAAAGACUCAUCGGGGCGACCGUACUCUUGCUCUUUAUAAUUGUGACACGAUCGGAAACGAUUCCCCUGCGAUAAUGCGUAUCAUUGCCGUUUAUUGUUAGUACGUGGCUCGUCGAACGACGCAUCUGCGUCCCCGUGGUAGAUUGAUUUAUAAUGACGUUACGUCCGGGUUGUCGUGCGAGUUAUGCGUGUCAGCGCGAGGAGUUAUACCUAAUCGGAUGGCCCGACACGCUCAAUUUCAGAAAAUUUAAUUCAUCCAUAUCGCGCUUUCUGUUCGCCGAGAUGAAACGGAUAAUUCUUCGCGAUUAAGAUAUUUUGCGGGCGGCGCUGCUUGUCACGUGAAGGCGGAGAGGCCAUGCUUGUCGCGUGUUAGGCGAAAAGAAAGACAUAUUAUUUUGCGCGCGACAAAGCGUGGGGAGCGAACGACGAUUUCUUCUUUUUCUGUCGAAUUUUCUGGCGAAACGCGUGAGAUCAGUUUUCAGACGAUUGAUCACGAUUAAGACGAGAUCGCGCCGUUAGAUCCGGAAGAUUCUCUGUCGAUUAUAAUAUCGGGGUGAUGAUCGUUAUUACUCCAUUAGUAAGUCGCGCGCGCGACGCCUACUUCCAUUUAAUCUGUACAAAUAAAGACAUUCAGGUAAAUCAAACUUGUAAGAUAGUAGACGGACAUUGCAGGAUUAAUGUAAGAAAAUCUCACACGUAGCGACUAUAAAAUACGAUUUACUUUUACUACCGCACGAGUUUUAGUCCUCUUUCCAACGGCACAUAUCAUCCGGAAAUUCGUUUCUUACGUAUCGUCUUACGUAUUAUUUAACACACACUCAAUGUGCGCGGAGUUUUACCGAAUUUCACGUGGGAAUUAUAAUUUGAUCCGUGGACACGACCGUGACACAGUGACAUGUAAAAAUUGGGCCCAAAGCAAGUAUUCAUUGCGACGCGCAGAGCGCGCCAGUUAGUUACCCAUUAUUGACGGUUCAUUUCGAAAAUUAGUCUUCGUUGUCGCGUUAGAAUCAACGAUCGACUUCAGAUAUAUUAUAUUGUCAAAUAGAACUAUAAACUGUAUUUUCUGAUAUUGAUUUCUAAGAUACUGCGAGCGAUUUUCAAAUGCAGCGCAUGGACAUGUGAACGCGUGGGUAUUAAAUCCUAAAAGUAUCUAACGCGUGGUACUAAAAUCCUAAAAGUAUCGUAAUGCGUUCGUUCAAUUAUAUUCGUAGAACCAUCUUAGCUGAAGUCCUCCUUUCAAACGAACGUCACAUGCUCUUGCGCAGGAGUCGCAUAAAAGAUAGUAUACAUUUUCGUCAAGAACCUUAGAAGAUAAGUUGUCUUCCUAUAUCCGCGUAAGAACGUUUAUUUACUCGCAUCGAAAUGUUUUCCCGGCGUAAUUACGCGUACGUGGAAAACUAUGCCGAUUAGAAUCCGUGAUAUAGAGGCUCUAUUUCGUAGAUUAGAAGCAGUAUUAUACAACUCGCCGCGAGGGUGGGCGAGUCUCGAGCGUGCGAAUUUGGCAGAACUCGAAAGUCCUUCCGAGUCCCGUCAGAUUUCGUCCACGUUCGAAUUUCCUCAAAAACGAUCGAGGCCAUUCAAAGUCUUAGCAUUAUAAAGUUCGGUAAUUGGAUGAAAUACUCCACCGAGUAUUACUCGAUACACCUUAGCACCUCAGUUUAGCUCUUUAACGCCUGGUGUCUGAUGGAAUUCGAAUUUCUCGAAGCCGGAUUUUGGUGUUAAUUUUUAAUCGAUUAUUUACCUUGUCGCGUAAGCUCCGCGAAAUUCUUUUCUUCGAAACGAGGCUUCCGUGAAUUCCACCAAAGAUCUUGAGAUUCCAAGUUUUUAUUUAUAAGAUAUAAUAAGGAAUAUAUAGACAGCAGGGAGAAAAAUAGUUGACCACGAUCGGAUCAUUUUUCAAACUAUAUCCACACUGGAAGACAUCUUUGUGCAAUCCGCCUAUCCGCGAUGACGGAAUAAUUUGUCCGUUUCUUUUCGUCCACAAUUAGGAGAGAGGUACUAAUUUAAAAAAUAUUACGUGCGCGUUCUCUAAUAAUUAACGUUUGGUUGACGAGAGGAAUUCUUUGCACGAUGGUUUCGACGUUCUUGGAGAAAUGGUCCGAGCGAAAAAUCGCGCGAAUCGUGAAAGAAGCAUUCGAUUCCCUUGUUCGAGACUCGUAACCCACUUAUUGAGGAGAAAUUCAACGAGUAGAAUCAGAACGGUAGCGUGUAAGACUGUGGCGAUAUGGAAUUAUUGUACAUAUAUAUACGUACACCUAAGUGAAGAGAAAUAAAAGAACGAGACGAAA